AUGGAACAACUUCGAGAGAAUUUGUUGAAGAAUGAGUGGGUAAGAGAUUCGGGUAUUCCAUCUUUAACCCAUGGUGAACUGGCUCUUACUUCAACGAGCUACUUAGACAAAUGGCUUGCUGAUUUUGAGAGCAAAACGUUGAACCCACGUUACAUGACAAUGCUUACAUUAUUCGAUACUUUGUUGGAAAAACAAGACGUAUUAGAGUCAUUUUUAUUAAAUUCUGCUAAAUUUUCACUCAUGAAACGUUUAAACUCAACCAAAAUUCGGAUCAGUAGAGAUAAGGAGACUUUGCUGAAAUUAGGCUGGUUCGAAACGAGUGAUGAACCUACAACAUUUGAUAGAGACUUAACCUCAGUUUCUAAAUUUGACAAGAUGACAAACCUUGAUAGAUGGUUUAAAAACUAUGAAGAUCGAAGAAACCAAAACAUUCAAGUCAAAGAACCUGCUACUUCUGCUAUAAAUAAGGAUGUCGAGAAACUUUUGGAUAUGCUUUCUUCAAAGAAAAUUUCUCUUCCAGCUAAAACAAGUCAAGUUAUAGUCGACAAGUGGCAGUUGAAGAAGAGUCUGAAGAGCAGACAUCACGAAGUAGCCAUUAACAGGCUUGGACAGGGCUGGUCAGUAACUAAGAAAAGCCGUAAUCAGAUCACAGUGGUCAAAGUUGCCGAAUCCAAGAAUCUCAAGAAUGGUGCUUCAACAUCAUGUAAGCUAGUGAUAAAAGAUACCAGCAGGAAAACUGAUAGACUUGCUAAAUGUGAUACAAGACAGGGCAGAAGAGACAAAUUUGAGGCUCAAAAUAAAAGCAACAUCACUUCGCCUUACCAAUCCACAUCAUUAGAACAGAAAGCUCCUGUAUCUGGUAAGGCAGUUUAUUAG